AUGAGGUCACAGUCUGCUCAUGCAGAGGAAGUAGAAAGCGUGGGGUAUCAUCCACAAGCGGAAUCUUUGGAGGGACCUGUGAGGGUCUCUGCACAUCCCUGGGUGUCUGCAGAGGAAGCAGGAGGGCUGAGGCAGGAAUACUGCCAUCGAGCUGCAGCCAGCCUCACAGAGCUCCAGCCGAUCACGCCGCUGAUGAUUAGCAUGGCAGAGGUGGUUCGUGAAGAAAGCAUCAGAAUAGCAACAGAAUACAACAACAUGCCUGAAACUUUCUCCCCAGGGUCAACUACUGCAGCGCCUGACAAUUCUGGAAAGAUGGCCAACAUUGACUUCAAUUGUGCAAAUGAGACUGCAGUCAUGAAGAUGAAGCUCAAUGAAUUAGAGGAAUAUCUCCAACAAGGAUGGCUGUAUAUCCAUCCCAGUCUCUACUACGUGUCACCAGUGAAGAAAUCCUGGUUUGACAGCAGAAACUUCUGUGUUGAAAGAGGUGCAGACCUGGUGGUCAUCAACAGCAGAGAAGAGCAGGAGUUCAUGAAUAAAUUUGGAAAGAUCACAUGGAUUGGACUGAGUCAACAGCAGCACAACGGGCAGUGGGUUUGGGUGGACGGGACUCCGCUGAACACAAGCUUCUGGUCCCUUGGAGAGCCCAAUGAUUUUGAGGGAAUUGAGGAAAACUGCACUGAAAUAAAUGACCGUCCUGUAGGAAAAAGCUGGAAUGAUGCUGACUGUCAAAUUGAGAAAUCUUGGAUCUGUGAGAAGAAUAUAAAUUUACUGCAACAAAUGCAUUGCUUUGCUUCAGCAGCAUCACUGUCUGUCCCACCUCAAUAGUCCACUGAUAUCUAGAGUGAAACUUGCUGUUUCAAUCAUGCUUCUGAACAACUCACAGAGGGAUUUGUGCAGCAUGAAUGGAUUUGUUUCAACAUUUCAUCUGAAGGAAGGGACGUUUUUGUGCAGUGAUGCAUUUUACACGAUUAUUAUUAGUGGCUUCUGGUAAAAACAAUUAUAAGAUGUGAUGAU